AUGGGCCGUACUCCGUCUCUGUGCCUCGUCGCCCUGCUUUGUGCUCUUGCCUUGUCCUUGGCGGGCUUGGCUGUCCCCGCCGAAGCCGAGGACGUGUGCCCGCUUGGCGCCAUGCGUCCGGACUCCUGGGUUGCGGACCUGGUGGCGCGUCUGAGGUCCAUCGGCAUGCUUGCCGACCGCGUUGCCUACCUCAAGCAGGCCGUCCUCAACGACACCCGCUCUUUCACUGGCAAGCAGAUUGGCUCCAUCCUCGGCACCAUCACCCUGCAAAGAUACACCCUUGAGGCAAUGAGCUUCCUGCAGCCCUACAUCUCUGGGCUGACCAAGGACGAGUUCAUCGGCGUGCUUCUCCUCUUCGGCAUGGAAGAUGCGCGAUUGGCCGUGCUGCCCUCGAUCAAGGACACGCUCUUCAAUGCUUCGGAGGCCAACAAGCAGGAGAUCGUCAACCGCUGCUUCGGCAUGUCGGCGAAUCGCCAGAAGGCCAUUGCCAUCCUCACGCCCGUUCCAUCCAGGGACUGUGUCUUUGGUAACAUGCAGGAGGACUCGUUCUCCAUCGUCAUCGACUCGUCGGCCGCGAGUAGCAGGAAGUUCUUCUUCAACGGCAAGGCGUACACCCGCAUGUCAUUCGUGGUGGAGCACCUCAACAAGACCCUCGCGGAACUCAAGCCCACGCAGAUGUUCUACAUCAUCAGCUUCUACUCCGGGCCCUACCCCCUGUUCCGCCAACCGGUCUAUGCCACCCCGCAGAACAUCGAGUAUGCCCUUGGCGUCAUCAACCGUUGGGGUCCUAGCUCCUCCACCGUGAGGGACUGCUACGGUGGCCUCUACGCCGGCUUCGCUUACAACCCGACGGCGACGGCCAUCUACUUCGUCUCCACCGGUGCACCCUCUGCGGGCACGCCCUCUGAUCAACUCAUUUACGCCUCCAUCCCGCAGUGGAACCAGGCUCGCUCGCCUCAGUACCAGGCGCGCAUCUACGCGACCGCUCUCGUCGCUGGCCCGGACAGUGAGGCCGACAAGCAGGCCGCCAUCACCUUCAUGUCCCAGGUGGCUGGAGUGGGCAAGGGCGUCCUCCGCGCUAUCGAUACCCAGUAG